AUGCCCGAUGGAAUCACUGGAAAAGUCCCAAGUCUGGGCUGGAACUCGUGGAAUGCCUACCACUGCGACAUUGACGAAAGCAAGUUCCUCUCGGCCGCCGAAGUGAUUGUGAGCUCUGGUCUUCUUGACGCAGGGUACGAGUAUGUCAACAUUGAUGAUUGCUGGUCGUUAAAGGAUGGACGCGUGAAUGGACAUAUCGCACCUAAUACGACCCGUUUCCCCGAUGGUAUCGAUGGGCUGGCGAAGAAAGUCCACGACCUGGGCUUAAAGCUAGGCAUUUACAGCACUGCUGGAACCGCGACUUGUGCUGGUUAUCCUGCCAGUCUUGGAUACGAGGACGUCGAUGCCGCCGAUUUUGCCGACUGGGGCGUAGACUAUCUGAAAUACGACAACUGCAACGUCCCUACAGAGUGGCAAGAUGAAUACGUCGCCUGCGCUCCCGACGCCGUCCAAACCGGCCCCAACGGCACCUGCUCAACCGCCCUCGAGCCAAAUCUCGCUCCCCCGGGCUACGACUGGAGCACGUCCAAGUCCGCCGAGCGCUUCAACGCCAUGCGAGACGCCCUGGCGAAGCAGAGCCGCGAGAUCGUGCUCAACUUGUGCAUUUGGGGCGACGCCGACGUCUUCUCGUGGGGCAACGAGACGGGCAUCAGCUGGCGCAUGAGCGGCGACAUUUCGCCUGAAUGGGCCUCCGUGACGCACAUUAUCAACAUAAACUCGUUCAAGAUGAAUUCCGUCGGCUUCUGGGGCCACAACGAUGCGGACAUGCUCGAGGUUGGCAACGGUAACCUGACGGCUGCUGAGACGCGCACGCAUUUCGCGCUGUGGGCGGCUAUGAAGUCGCCGCUUCUCAUCGGGACGGAUCUCACCCAGCUUUCGCAGGAGAACAUUGAGUUGCUCAAGAACAAGCAUUUGCUGGCGUUCAACCAGGACAGCGUUUACGGUCAGCCUGCUACCCCGUACAAGUGGGGAGUCAACCCGGACUGGACCUUUAACUAUACAAAUCCCGCCGAGUACUGGGCCGGUCCGUCGUCAAAGGGGCAUCUGGUGUUGAUGAUGAACACGCUGGACCAUACGGUCACAAAGGAGGCCAAGUGGUCUGAGAUUCCGGGGCUGUCUGCGGGACGGUAUGAAGUUCGAGAUGUGUGGACCGACAGGAGCCUUGGAUGCCUCAGUUCCUACAAGGCGGCUGUUGCUGCUCACGAUACGGCUGUUAUUUUGGUUGGUGAAAAGUGUCGAAGCUGGUGA